AGAGCCCUCUUAGUUCCUCUCUCUUACUUCCAUUCCUCUGGUUUAGACAUUUUAGGAGAGGGGUUUUCUCUUUGUAGCAAAAAAGGGGCUAUGGGCAAGUUUGUUGUUGUCUUCCUCUUGGCUCUCAUUGCCAUUUCCAUGCUCCAAACCAUGGUCAUGGCAUCAAAUGGGCAUGGAGGUCACCACUAUGAUCAAAAACACUAUGGACCUGGAAGUCUCAAGAGUGGCCAAUGCCCAUCUGAGUGCUCAAGGAGGUGCAGCAAGACCCAAUACCACAAGCCUUGCAUGUUCUUCUGUCAGAAGUGUUGCAACAAGUGCCUGUGUGUGCCUCCAGGGUACUAUGGUAAUAAAGCUGUGUGCCCUUGCUACAACAACUGGAAGACCAAGGAAGGAGGACCCAAGUGCCCUUGAACUUAAAAGACACAUGAUCCAUCUGCCCCAAACAGUCCUACCUGCCCUUGUUUCUUUCCUUUGCCCAUUAUCAAUUCUGCUACUAUGUCAUAUAUUUUAUGUUUCCCUUAGAUGUUUUUGUGAUAUGGGUUCAUGGUUGUAUUCCUUGUGAUAUGUCACUCCAUGGGGGUUAUACACCCUUCACAUGAGAGUGGCUAAAUCAAAUCUUUGUUAUAUUUUAUCAAUUAAUGAAGAUCUUAUUUAUCUAAUC